UAAUAUAGGUGCUUUAGUUGGAAUUUUCCAGAACAAAAUCUGGUAAUAAUGUCGGACACAACCCUAACCCUGGACACGGGCCCAGCAGAGAAUAAUCCGAGCAGCAAAGAAGCCCCCAAGUAUCGCCAUGACUGGUACCAGACUGCCUCUGACGUGUGUGUCAAUGUCAUGAUCAAAGGGCUCAAGAAAGAUCAAGUGCAAGUGGAAUUCACCGAAACGACUCUGCGUGUAACCAUUGAGUUGGUUGGAGAAAAUCCGUAUCUUCUUGAUCUGCAUCUGGCUCACUCCAUUGACUCCAGCAAAUGCAGUUUUAAAGUUUUAAGCACCAAGGUGGAGAUAAAGCUUCGGAAGGUGGAGCUCCAACAGUGGUGCAGCCUUGAGGAGACAGAUGCCACUAUAAAGAAGACUAAGAUGCCCUCAAUGCCAUCCAAGAGUGCGGAUGAAGUGGUGGCCAAAGACGAGGUUCAUAAGUACCCCACCUCAUCCCACCACUCUCGUGACUGGGACAAGCUCGUGGCAGAGGUUAAAAAGGAGGAAAAGGAAGAGAAGCUGGAGGGAGAUGCAGCUCUCAAUGGCCUGUUUCAGCAGAUAUACGCUGAUGGCAGUGAUGAGAUCAAGAAAGCUAUGAACAAAUCUUUUCAAGAGUCUGGAGGGACAGUGCUGAGUACCAACUGGUCAGAGAUUGGACAGAGCAAGGUAGAACGCAAGCCACCAGAUGGUAUGGAGUGGAAACAGUAUGAGAAAUAAACUUAAUACUUCUGAACUCUGAACUCUCCAGUUUUUGUUCAUCGUUGAUUUUUGUUCACUGUUUUGAUGAUACUUUCAGUAUCAACUGUUUGCUCAUUGUACUUAUUAUAAUUAUAACAGCGUACAUGUAUAUAAGAAGCUUUUUGCUAUUGAAA